UGCGCAGCCCCCAGCACCAAGCCUUACUUCCUCCCCACACGGCAGGGCGGGCGGGCGGGCGGGGCAGGCAGGGAGGGCCUGUCACAGCGAGGUGACACAUUUCUGCCCCACCAGCCCGAGCAGCAGCUGGGCCAGCAGACGAGGGAGCAGCCACCACUCCCCCAGUGCUUUGGAAUGGACCUCUGCCACCCAGAGUCAGUGGAGCUGAGCAGCGGGGAGACAGAGGAGCUGCAGAGGAUCAAAUGGCACCGGAAGCAGCUGCUGGAGGACAUCCAGAAGCUGAAGGAUGAGAUCUCAGAGGUGUUUGCCCAGAUCGACUGCUUCGAGGGCAUGGACCACAGCCGGAUGGCGCAGAAGGAGAAGGAGCUUUGCAUUGGGCGCAAGAAGUUCAACAUGGACCCCGUGAAGGGCAUCCAGUAUCUCACUGAGCACAAGCUGCUGAAGCCUUGCGCCCAGGACAUCGCCCAGUUCCUGUACAAGGGCGAGGGCCUCAACAAGACGGCCAUCGGCACCUACCUGGGGGAGAGGGAUCCCCUCAAUCUGCAGGUCCUCCAGGCCUUCGUGGACUGCCACGAGUUUGCCAACCUCAACCUCGUCCAGGCCCUCAGGCAGUUCCUGUGGAGCUUCCGGCUGCCCGGUGAGGCCCAGAAGAUCGACCGCAUGAUGGAAAGCUUCGCCGCCCGCUACUGUCUCUGCAACCCAGGUGUCUUCCAGUCCACAGACACCUGCUACGUGCUGUCCUUCUCUAUCAUCAUGCUCAACACCAGCCUCCAUAACCCCAACGUGCGCGACCGGCCGCCCUUCGAGCGUUUCGUGUCCAUGAACCGGGGCAUCAGCGGCGGCGGGGACCUGCCCGAGGAGCAGCUGCGGAACCUCUUCGACAGCAUCAAGAGUGAGCCCUUCUCCAUCCCUGAGGACGACGGCAGUGACCUCACCUACACCUUCUUCAACCCAGAUCGGGAAGGCUGGCUGCUCAAGCUGGGGGGCCGCGUGAAGACCUGGAAACGGCGAUGGUUCAUCCUAACCGACAACUGCCUCUACUACUUUGAGUUCACCACUGACAAGGAGCCGCGAGGAAUCAUCCCCCUAGAGAACCUCUCUGUGCAGAAGGUGGAUGACCCCAAGAAACCAGCAGUUCUGCCUGGAGCUCUACAACCCGCGCUGCCGAGGCCAGAGAAUCAAGGCCUGCAAGACGGAUGGCGACGGCAGGGUGGUGGAAGGCAAACACGAGUCCUACAGGAUCUCGGCCGCCAGCGCUGAGGAGCGUGACCAGUGGAUCCAGGCCAUCCAGGCCAGCAUCACCCGCGUCCCCUUCUACGACCUGGUCUCUGCACGGAAGCAGAAGAUCGCCAGCAAGCAGUGAGCAGCCAGAGAGGCGCAACAGGGAGAUCGCAACCACCUUUUCAUCCUCAGACACCCCCAAUCACCUGGAACUGACCUGGGGGCCGGGUGGGAACCCCAGAGGGUGCAGAGCCCACCUAGAGGUCCUGGACCCGGUGGCCCUGCCCCCAGAUCCACACUAAAGAUAUGAGGAGCCCAGCCGAGGAGAACAAGAAGCGCAUCUCCUCUCAAGGCUCUUUGCCCUUGGAGUACACUCAGCCCUCAAAGCAGGGGCCUGAGGCCCCUGGGGGAUCCCUACCCUUGGCCAGGCACCCCCACCGCCCUGAGUGUGUCUCUGUGAGCCAGUUUGGACUUGGCUGUCCUUGCUGGAGCAGAGCUAAAAACACACAUGGCGAAGGUCCAGGGCCAGGACACAGGCAGCCCUGGCCCCAGCCUUAGCUCCCUCUCACCUCUGUGUGGAGCCAGGUGGGCCACUGGGCUCAGGCCUAGCAGCACAGCCUUUCUGGGGCUUCCCUGCUGGACUAUAGCCAGGAACCGAGGUGGUGAGGGCAGCGGGGUGGGGCACAGCACCCCAACCUCCUGCAGCCCAAUCCCAGAGGCCCAGCAUCCUGGUACCACAGGCAACUCUGACUCCAGGGGACCCUACCCCUCAGAGGAGCAUCUUACACCCCCUCACCCCCCCACCCCCACCUCCCAGCCCAGGGAGCCCAGGGAGGGAGAUUCCCUGGCUGGACAACAGGAAAUGGCUCUGCCCCACUGCCAGGCUGAGUGGGCGAGUGUAACAGACAGAAUUCCCCAGGGGAAACUGUGGGUCACCAAGCAACCACCCUUCUUCCCGCCCCCACACCUGCGCACAUUUGCCAGGGUCAGGAUGGAGACAUGUCCUCUAAGGGAGUGAGACCCCUGUCUCUUGGAGUGUGCAAGAACCUGGUAGCUCUCUUGCUUUAGGUGAGGCCCAGGUUGGGCUUCCGCGGGCGGAGGCCUAGGUAAACAUUUGGUGACAUGAGCCGAGCCCCUGCGGCUGCCUCAUUUGGCCCGUGAAUGGGCACAGGAUGAGACAGAAGGAACACUGAGCUGGAGAUUGGACCCCUGAGCGCCUCUCUUGGACCCAGUCCCUGCCUCCUGCCUCCUGCCUCCUCGCCCUUGAGGGCUCAGGACUAACAUGAGCAGCUGCUCUGUGGGUCCCUCAAAAGACAGAAUAAAGCAUAUAGUCAAA